AUGGGCGGAAAAGUUGAUGCAUCUGUCAACCAAUCAAAGGGACCAAGAACAUUCCGAUUGUCCGGGAAAAAUUAUGAUAAAAUUGAUAGUUUAUUGCCUACAGAGGGAUCAUCUCCGAGAUUCGCACAAUUGUAUAUUUAUGAUACAGAAAAUGAAGUGGACCAUAGAAUUCAGGCUAUCAGUAACAAUGAAAUAAAUGCUGAAAUUGUGAAUGAACUGAAGCAAAUGCUAGAUGAACACAAUGUAUUAGCAAAGUGUUUUAGAAUGGAUACCAUGGCAAUUUGCAAAUGGGCUGGAUACCCUGAUCUUUACAUCACAUUUACUUGCAAUUCAAAAUGGGCAGAGGUUGCUAGAUUUGGGAAGUGUAGGCGAUUGUCUCCAGAAGAUCGUCCAGACAUUUUAACAACGAUUUUCAAAAUCAAAUUGGAUCAAUUGCUAAAGGAUCUACGAGACAAUAAAGGUUUUGGUGAAGUAAAAGCAGCGUGUUUGCCUCGUGCACAUAUCCUACUUUUUCUUCAUAAUAAAUGUCCAAAUACCACCGAUAUUGAUGACAUUAUUUCAGCAGAAUUGCCUGAUAAUUUAGUUGAUCCUCAAUAUUAUGCGACUGUUACAAUGAUUCAUGGACCAUGUGGUAUUGCAAGAAAAUCUUCUCCUUGCAUGCAAAAUGGAAAAUGUACAAAGUACUUUUCAAAAAAAUUUGUGGAUUCAACCACAGUUGAUGAUGAAGGGUAUCCUAUUUAUAGAAGAAGGGAUAAUGAAAAAUCUACAAAGAGAGCAGGUCUUGAUUUAGAUAAUAGUGGAAAUACUGAUGACUCAAGAAUUGUUGAUGAAAUAAAUAUGUAUUGUGAUUGUCGGUAUAUAUCGUCAUGUGAAGCAGCUUGGAGAACUUUUAAAUUCCCAAUCCAUCACAAAGAACCAUCUGUAGAAAGGUUAUCCUUUCAUUUGGAAGGCAAUCAAAACGUUAUAUUUUCAGAUGAUGAUCCGAUUGAUGCAGUAGUUAACAGACCAAUUGGAUAUGAAGAGAAAUAUUACCUUAGAUUGUUGCUGAAUGUUAUUAAAGGUCCAACAUCCUAUGAGGAUCUUAGAAAAAUAAAUGGUCAUGAUCAUAACACUUAUGCAUGUUAUGCUCUAGAUUUAUUGGAUGAUGGCAGAGAGUAUGUGGAUGCUAUAGUGGAAGCAAAAUUUAACUUAACAGAUGAUUAUUUGAAAAAUCUUUGCCUGCAAAAGAUUGAGCACUUUUUAAAAGGUUGUGGAAGAAGUUUUCUUGAUUUUCCAACAAUGCCAAUGCCUGUUUAUAACGAGGAACAGGUUGACCAGAAUAAUAGAUUAAUCUGUGAUGAAAUGUGUUAUAACAGACGAGCUUUAGCAGUCGAACAUCAAAAAUUGAUUGGAAAUUUGACAAAUGAGCAGAGGACUGUGUAUGAAAAGAUAAUAACAGUUGUGAAUAAAAAUAAGGGCGAAUUUUUCUUUUUAUAUGAUUUUGGAGGAACAGGAGAUAUUGUGUUAACAGUUGCUUCUAGCGGAAUUGCAGCUCUUUUGCUACCAGAUUCGACAUGUAAUAUCAAGCAAGAUACUCCUUUAGCAAAUUUAAUAAUCAAGGCAAAGUUGAUUAUCUGGGGUGAAGCACAAAUGAAGCAUAGAUAUUGUUUUGAAGCUCUUGAUAAAAGUCUAAGAGACAUUCUUAGCUUCAAAGAUUCAUCCAAUUCACAAAGACCUUUUGGAGGUAAAAUAACUAUUUUUGGUGGUGACUUCAGACAAAUAUUACCUGUCAUCCCAAAAGGUUCUAGGCAAGAUGUUGUUAAUGAAACUCUCAAUUCUUUAUAUUUAUGGUCUCAUUGUCAACUGUUGCAACUAACAAAGAAUAUGAGAUUACAAGGUACUGAAAUAGGUUCGGAUGAGUUGAGAGAUUUUUCUGACUGGAUUUUGGCUGUUGGUGAUGGUAGGAUUGGAAGUUCAGUUGAUGGCAUUGAAAAAGUUCCUAUACCAAAGGAUCUUCUAAUAAGUGAGUGUAUUGAUCCAAUAUCUGCUAUUGUCAAAAGUACGUAUCCAGAUUUCAUUAGUCGCUGCAAUGAUAUAGGAUACCUACAAAAAAGAGCCAUUCUUGCUCCAACUCUUGAUAUGGUGGAAUCAAUCAAUCAAUAUAUGAUUUCUCUCAAUCAAAAUCUUGAGAAAUCAUAUUUGAGUUCCGAUAACAUUUGUGGCUCUGACCAAACUUAUUCAGCUUUGGAACAUGUUGGGGUUCCGGUGAUGUUAUUAAUAAAUAUUGAUCAAACAACGGGAUUGUGUAAUGGAAGGAGGUUGAUUGUAACUAGACUUGGAAAUCAAGUUAUUGAAGCAAAGGUCUUAUCUGGACAGAUGGACAGAUGA